AUGCCCUACCCGGCGAUACUCUCCGAGCACACCAUAGCAAGGGGCGUGCACGCGUCAUGUCUACCCGUGUCCAUUCCGCAUCAGCUCCCCGACCUCGAGGUUGUCGGCCAGACACCUGUGCCGCACCGCGUUUCUGCCUCUUGCACGCUCCUGCGAGUACACCGGCGCUCGGCAUAUGAGCUGGCUCGGGCGCAGGCUCGAUGUGCCGACAUCGCCGCGGCGGUGGUCGUGGCAGAGUGGAGUUCGUGCUCAGAGCACGCAGCGGCACCUGCACGUGGCGAUGAGGCUUCUUUCUUUCUUUGCCGCUGUGGCAGGGGCUCAGGUGCCAGCUCCGCAGCACCACCAUCAAGCGUCACGUGCUCUACUCACUGGGCGGUGCUGAGAGUGCGCUGUGUACCGCACACAGCUAGCGCAGUUGGGCUCGAGUGCUACCGAAGCGGUGGUGGUACCUGUCAGCAGUGGAUGGCGUGGCGUCUUCGACUGGGCACUGUCCUGUACGCCUCUGACUGGCAGUUUCUCGUGUCUCAGCAAGACCGAGAAGAAACAGCGACUGACAGCUCCUUCGAUCUCGGCGCCACUGGCGCGAAGAGAGAGGCAACUGUCAGAGCAGACAUGGAUGCGCUCAGCACGUUCUUUCCCGCGCUGCACCACAGUCACUACUACGCUACAGCGCAGGCCUUUGUGCACCACUGUCGACACAGCGACGAACACCUCGUCUGGUGUGAAAAAGACCCCCUUUUAUCAGUAGAGUGGGCAGGUGUGGAGGAGGCGCAAACAGAGGUGCUGACACACCAUGACGCGGGUUCACCUACGGCCAAGGAGUGCGGCAACGCUGGAGUGGAAUGCACCUCAGUAGUGGCGCCGGAGAACUCGUAUAUGUGGCGGCCGCACGUGAGUGGAAGCCGCAAGCGCCGGCGUCGCUGGCUGUCGCAGCGCGGACGCGAAUGCCCUAGUGCGCGGGCUCGCCACGACGCAGUUUCGUCAUUUACGCACCACCGAUCCACCCGAGCGAUCACUCUUUCGUGCUCGGUCGACACAACAACCGCCACCAGCGCCGUGGCGCUGGACUCGAUCUGUUGUGCGUACCUUCUUGGGCUGAAGCAUCAUCACGACUGCCUCUCCGCAAGCGGCGAGGGGUCAGUGUCCACGACUGCCGCAGCCCCCGCAGGCGUUCAGAAGCAGUGCAGCGAAUCCCCAAAUGUGCCGCAGCCGCCGCUGUACACCUCGAGUGAGCACGUUGAAGAAGUGCUGCAGUCGUCGUCUUUUGCGCGCUGGUACCUUGCCCUGCGCCCGGCGUGCCGAUCCGCCCUUCACGUACCACGCAGCGGUGGAGCAGCGGCGGCGGCGACAUUGGAGGUGAGAGGCACGGAGGAGGCCGGUUCCGAUGAAGCACGCCGCAGGGCUCUGCAGGAAGUAUUUCUCCACGGCAUCGCCGUCUCUCUGGCACUUUGGUUUUGCACGCGCCGCCGCCGCAGCAGCAGCAUUGGCACUGUCGAGGGGUUUGCGCUGCAACAGCGCGAGCCUUCUCCAACCCCUUUCACAACAUCCACAGGGGACACCACCGUACUCGUCGCAGCGCUAUUGAGGGACUGGUGGAAUCAGCUCAGCCAGGAGGCGGCGGAGUUCUUAGCUGUGUCUGAGACAGCCGCACGAGCGAGCCCGCAGCGGCGAUGGAGCCGUUGCUGUAUCGCCCACCAGGUGUGGGCGAGUCUUCAGAUGUGGGACUGUGCUAGCAGUCGGCGUCCUGCUGCAGCCGUGGCACCUCCACCGGCGCCGCUGGUGCGUCUCUGUGUGGCUUGCGCAAUCGUCGUGACAUGCGCUCACCGCAGCCAAGAGCGGAUGCUGUGCUGGAAUGUGUGUGCACCAACGGUGGAACCAAGUGACGUGAAUGCUGACAAGACGGUCGACUAUGAUGCAUCGGCUGGAGCACGGUCAACGCGCAGCGACACUAACGGUGGUGCUCCUGACGGCAGUGGCCGAGCACCAAGCAUCGAUGGAGUCGCGUCAAGCAUGCGGUGCAUCUCCGCGUCGUGUCGACUUCCUCGCAUGUCAGUCAAGGAGAGCCGCCGCUGGUGCGACGAUUACCGCGCAUGCAUGGACCUAGUCCUGCAGCUUCUCUUUGCCGAGCAGCAACAGCACUGGGCACCGUGA